AUUCUAACAGCCCAUAUGAAAUGUCCACUCCAACAUUAUCAUACACCCGUCCACAUGUAAUCAUUCCUCGUAGGGUUUUUAAGGAUUAGCCUUUUUUCCACUCUCUCUCACACUGCCCACCUUCAACUCUCUCUGUGUGCCGCCCAGUUAGGGUUUUCUGCAAACCCCUUCCGCCAUCAUCUCGUUUCUUCUUGUUUCAAACCCCACCCAAAAACAACACACACUCACACACUACAAUAGCACAGAUUUUCUGGACAGAUCUAAUUUUAUCGUAUGGAUAACUUCAAUUGAAUCCCUUUUUUUUGGAUAAAAUUCAUCCUAAAGCUUUAAGCUUUAAGAGUUUUUGAGGAGUUUCUUUAUACAUACUUAAUAUUUAAGUUUGUGGUCUGAAAAUGGCUUCUAUGAACCCAUUUGACCUUUUGGGUGAUGAUGAUAAUGAGGACCCAACUCAGCUUCUUGCCGCUGCUCAGCAGAAAGCUCCGUCGGCGGCUUCCGCUCCCGCUGCCAAGAAAGGUUCAGCUCAAGCUCAGCCUCAGGCUAAGCUUCCCUCCAAGCCGGCUCCCGCAGCUCAGCCUGUGAGAGAGUAUACGAAUGAUGGUCCUCGUGGUGGACGUGGUGGAGGCCGUGGUGAUGGCCGAGGACGCGGACGUGGCCGUGGUGGAGGACGUGGAUAUGAUAGAGACUUUGCUGACAAUGAAAAUGCAGUUGCUGGCAACAAUGGGUACUCUGGCGGGUACAGGGCCUCUGAAGAUGGGGAAGCUGGAAAAACUGGUGAAAGACGUCCAUAUGGAGGUUCACGCGGGGGUUUUCGUGGUCCCCGUCGUGGAGGCUAUAGCAAUGGGGAAGCUGCUGACGGGGAACGCCCUCCUAGGAGAGCGUUCGAUCGUCGUAGUGGAACUGGACGUGGGAAUGAAUUUAAGCGUGAGGGCGCUGGUCGCGGAAAUUGGGGGACCCCGACUGAUGAGACUGUCCCUGAGUCAGAGGAACCUGUGAACGAGGUUGAGAAGGUUGAUGCUGAGAAACAAGAAGGGCAGGAAACUGUUGGUGAUGCUACUAAGGAUACUCCUGCUGAUGAGACUGAAGAGAAAGAGAAGGAACCUGAGGAGAAGGAGAUGACCCUGGAGGAAUACGAAAAGGUUCUCGAAGAGAAAAGAAAAGCCCUUCUUGCAGUUAAACCUGAGGAGAGAAAGGUUUCUGUGGACAAGGAGUUGCAAUCCAUGCAGCUGCUAUCCAACAAGAAGAAUGAUGAUGAGAUCUUCAUAAAAUUGGUAAGUUGUGAGUUCAGAAACAGAACAAAAAUCAGCCUUUUUUUGGUUAUUUUUUUAAAGAUUGAUUGAGGAAGUAGGAUAUCAUGUGCUCUGCUGGAUCGCAGGGUUCUGACAAGGACAAGCGUAAGGAAGCAGUUGAAAAGGCAAAGAAGGUACUUGUUUUGGUUGCUCUAAUUAAUCAGCUUGUUCUUUUUCCUUUACAAGUUCGUGUUAUAUUGGAUGCAUAACAGUAACACAUUCAUGGACGUCAUUUGAGUUCUGAAAUGUUUGAUGCAUGAACCUCACAUCCAUGGAUGACUUUUAAGUUUAUGUUGUCUCCUCUUUGUGGACCGGAUGUUUGUUGAAAAGUUUGAUUUUUGGAACUUAAGAUUCUGUUCCAACUGUAAAAUUUGAAUAUUCUUAUCUGCACUCCUAAUUGACGGCAAAACUGUUUUUGUUGUGGGAAGUCUUUUCCUGCAGUUUUUUUUUAAUUAUUUUAGGAAUCAGUCCAUUACAUUAUUAAAUAGUCUUGAUACAUUCAGGAUAGCUACUGUUUUUCUACUUCAAUUUGUCACACCUAGCACCUUUUGAAGGCCAGACUGCCUCUAAUUUUAGUUUGUCAUGGAAGUUAUUAGAAUUGUCUUUGAAGCCAUUGUGGUCCUAGCAUUUUGGCUUUUCUUAAAUAUUGUUGGUGCUAGAAACAUGAUUUUAUUUUCUGUACAUGGAAGAUUGUUAUCUACCUUGUGUGCCUUUUUUCUGAUAAUUGUCUUUUUUUUUCUUUUUUUUUUUUUUCCUGAGAUCGAUCUGUUUUGUUUCUCUGAUAGGCAAAUGACAACAUAUGUUUUUCGUUAUAAUCCGCAGGCUGUAAGCAUAAAUGAGUUCUUGAAGCCUGCUGAGGGUGAAAACUACUACCGUCCUGGGGGCCGUGGCAGAGGUCGUGGUCGUGGUAGGGGAGGUAACAAUAACUCGUACGAUGUUGCAGCCCCAUCUAUUGAAGAUGUUAAGCAUUUCCCUACAUUGGGAGGAAAGUGAAGUGGAACGGAGGAGGGUAUUGUCUGUUGGAGCUUUUUCUACUAUUGUCUUCAAAUUACAUUCAGCAGCUCCUGUACUAAAAAAAUGAUAUUUUUAGAAGUUCUAUUACAUUUUAAUGAGUGUAAAUUUAGAAGUCUUUCUCGGGGGUUAAUUCCCCUUGGUUUUAGUUUUAAAAGUUGCAUGGAUGCUUUUGAUUGGGUCUUUUAUCUAGGCAGUUAGUAGGGUCAGAAAUACAUUUUUGAUCAUGGGAUCAGUUUUGAGUGGUCUAUUGGAACAACAGUUUUGCUCCACUAGUUUAAAGGGAUUUAUAGAUGAUCAUUAUGAAAUUUAAUGCUUUAAUCUUCUUUAAAUAUGCUGUAUUGAUCUCUCACUUCUGUUAGUAUUAACCCAUCAUAAUGAAGCAAAUUGUCCGCAUUGUAUCAUCCUAAACUUUCGAAAUAUCGGUUGUGUAACGUUACCAUGGUCAUUAGAUGAUGAAGUCGGACAUGUUAACAUUGCAGGCUACAAGAUGGCAUUUCAAUCAAAGCCUGAGAUCAAAUCACACAAAUAUUUCAAACGGACCCAGAGAGAGAUCAAAGUCUCAAAUGAUUGAAGUCAUCUCUAUCAACACCAACAAAGUUUGAGGAAGCGGCUGCAAGAUACAGUUUGCUAGAAAAUUCCUGCACUUCCUCAACCAUUCUGCCAUUGUAUUCCGAUGUGAAAUUCAGCGUCUCCAGAAUCCUUCCAACACCAUUGAACAUCAUCCCAAUCGCCUCCACUAUCUCCACCGUCUCCGGCUUCGACACCCUUACGCCACCCAAAAAUCUUCGCUUGCAGUUCUUAAUGUUAUCUGGGGCUCCCGGAAGUGUAAUCAAUGUCUCCAAACUAUUUGCCCUUUUACCCGUCAGCCAAAAUUUUUGAAUCCUCUUCUUCAUGAACUCUGCAAUUAGCAGGUAAUCACCAUCUUCACUCACUGCAAGCCCAGCUGGUCCAGUUAGCCCGUCAACCAACAACGUUAGCUCUUCAGUUUUGAUGUCGUAUUUAUAAACUUUCCCUUCCGUGUCAUUACUGGCGAAGAUUGCUGUGUGGUUCCUGCAAGAAAACAGGGAAAAUUUUGAAAAACAGAGCAAAUGAAUUUUCUUGUACUAACAGCAUAUUUACCCAGUGAGGAAUAAUUUCUCAGCAUCAGUGAAGUAUUGGGAAGCUUGAUCGAUGUCUAAUGCGUUGGGGAGUGAGAAAUUGGUGCCAUUGUAGCCUGUUGCCACCGGAAUUGCUGCUCCGCCUGAAGGCGGGACGACGAAGAACCCGAAAAAGACAUCAAGAGUGUAAAGGUUACCACCGCUCGAAUAAUCAAUACCAAGACCUGCUACUCUUCCACACUUUGGUGCAGGUUUCCCGUCGCAUUCCUCCUUGGUUCUACAAUUCAUUCACAGAAUAAUUAGGAAAAAAAAGAAAAUUGUGUUACCUGAAAGGAGAAGUUGUGGCGAAGUCUUGGAAACCAAGACUGGGACAGUUGUAUUUGAGUAUCCUGCCAUCUGCAACUCCGGCGAACGGGCAGCCGCCGGAGUAAUCAAAAGCCAGAGCCUCGGCGCCGGAGGCAUUUGCUCCGAUGAAUGAAAGUUUGGUGGUGAAUUGGUAUGUGGGUCUGACACAAUUAACAUGAAAGUGAAGAGAACAGAAAUGGAUGACGUAAAUCCAGAUUAUGAUUCUGAGAUUUCCCAUUUUAUCACUCGUCUCUUAUUUUUAGGUCUGUAUAAACCAAAACCAAAACCAGCAAUUUAUAAGCCGAAAAAAAAAGAUUUUUAAUUUUGGGUUGAACUUCACUCGACAGGAAACCAGCCAAGUGGCGACUUUCUAUUUCUACUGUCUGCUUAUCCCAAAGUAGGAUGUUAGGAUUACGCACUCUUGGAGUUGACUUUCUAUUGUCCCGAAUUAUAGUCCAG